GGCAUCUCUGGGCGGGGGGCAGAGGUGAGUUUUGGGGGGGGCACGGCGGAGGUAGGCGGUGCCUGACGGCGAGCGCGGCCGUGGGGCGGGGGGACGCGGCCGGCACACUCCCCUCCGCACCCCCAACCACCCCCCUCCAUGAAACUGCGGGACGCCCCGUCCGCCUGCCCGUCGCUGUGGCGGUCCCUGCCCUGCCCGCCCGCCGAGCUGCGCCUGGACCUGGUGCUCUCUUCGGGGCAAACCUUCCGAUGGUGGGAGAGCAGCCCCGGCGCCUGGACGGGCGUGCUGGGGGGGCGCGUCUGGACGCUGAGGCAGGAGCGGGACCGCCUGUGGUACACGGUGUACGGCGAGGAAGAGGAAGAGGAGGAGGAGGAGGAGGAGGAGGAGGAGGAGGAGGAGGAGGAGGAUGGGCGUCCCGCCGAGGCGGCGAAGCUGGAUGGCGCGGAGGCGGAGAGGAUCCUGCGCGACUACUUCCAGCUGGACGUGGGGCUGCCGGCCCUGUACCGCGCCUGGGGGGCGGCCGACCCCCUCUUCGGCAAGGUGGCCAAUGACUUCCCAGGAGUGCGGGUGCUGCGGCAGGACCCCGUCGAGUGUCUCCUCUCCUUCAUCUGCACCUCCAACAACCACAUCUCCCGCAUCACCGCCAUGAUCGAGCGCCUCUGCCAGGCCUUCGGCCGCCGCCUCUGCCGCCUCGACGCCCGGCCCUGCCACGCUUUCCCCUCCCUCUCCGCCCUCGCAGGCGCCGACGCCGAGCCCCGGCUGCGGGCGCUGGGUUUUGGCUACCGGGCCAAGUUCGUCAGCGGGACCGCGCGGGCCAUCGCCGAGGGGCUCGGCAUCGAGGGGCUGCACCGGCUGCGUGCCGCGCCCUACGCCGAGGCCAGGAGGGUGCUGUGCGCCCUGCCCGGCGUGGGUGCCAAGGUUGCCGACUGCGUCUGCCUGAUGGCCCUGGACAAGGCGGAGGCGGUGCCGGUGGACACCCACGUCUGGCGCAUCGCGCGGCAGCGGUACGGCGCGGCGCUGGGCGGCAGGAGCCUGACCCCCCGGGCCCACCAGGAGAUCGGCGAUUUCUUCCGGGGGCUCUGGGGCCCCCGCGCUGGCUGGGCGCAGGCGGUCCUCUUCUGCGCCGACCUCCACAAGGGCCAGGAGCCGGCCGGCAGCCGGGAUCGGGCCAGGGCGGGACGAGGCCGGGACAGCCGUGGGGACGGGCCACCCUAGGGACACCCCAGCAGGGACAGAGACCCCCCCUCAGUGGCGAGGAGAGGGGGGAUCACUGCGCCCGCUGCCAGCCUGGGAUGCGCAGGGGUGUGGGCAGCUUUUGGGGGAGCUGCUGCCCUGGGGAAGUGAGGCUGGGGGGUGUCAGGGCUGUGCCCAGCUCCCCCCCCACCUCAGGACAGAGCCGAGCCAAGUGGUGUUGGCCUCUUGCCUUUAUUACAAGCAAUAAAAUAGAAACAUCCAUUUGGAAAA